UGCAUUUUACAAAAUUUGGAAAAUAAAGAAAAACACAAGUAGGAAAGCGAAACUUCAUCACUUAGAGCAAAAUCUUGUAAAACUUUUUCUGUAAUAAUUACAGGAGGUGGGGUGAAUAGUUCUAGCAGGUGCCCACUUCCGCAAAAUCAUGGAAAUGGGACUCUACCAGGGACAGUCACUUCUUUUAGAUAAGAGCGCAUUUCUUCUCCCUAGAUUGUGUUUAUUUGAACCAUAUAACAGAAGGAAUUCCUACAGUAGCAUCAACUCGGUUUGAUAAAAGGGAAUAAGCGAUUAAAAAAAUCAAAACAAAAAGCCCAGCUAAACAUCACCUUCUCCAAGAUUUUGAAACUGUGAGCGAACGCACGGUGGUGCUGUUGACUAAGAAGGAGAAUUAAACCGCAGGCACUGCGUAUAUACUCUGUAACAACGAUUCAGUGCAGUAAACUAGGGGUUGUGAGCCGGAGCAGAUUUUUAAGCAAGCAAAUCUAAGACUCUGGUAAGGAUUAUUCGCUAGAUUUUCUUCAAAGGUUAGGAGGCAAAAGACUGCGUUUCCCAGUGCUGUUGGAGGCUAGCUUGACCAUAAUUCUCGGAAGAACAUGGCAGAAAAUGCAAUGGAGGCCGGAGGAGAGCGCUUUCUUAGACAAAGGCAAGUCCUGUUUCUCUUUGUUCUUCUGGGUGGGUCUCUGGCUGGGUCCCAGUCGAGACGCUACUCUGUGGCUGAGGAAAAAGAGAGGGGGUUUUUCAUCUCCAAUCUAGCAAAGGAUCUGGGGCUAAGUGUAGGGAAACUGGCCGCGAGAGGGGCCCAAGUUGUGUCUAAAGGGAACAGACAGUAUUUUCAGCUCAACCACCAGACCGGUGAUUUGCUCCUGCAUGAGAAAUUGGACCGGGAGGAGCUAUGCGGCUCAGCAGAGCCAUGCAUACUGCAGUUUCAGAUAUUACUGCAAAACCCCUUGCAGUUUAUUACAAAUGAGCUCCAGGUGAUAGACGUAAAUGACCAUUCUCCGGCAUUCUCUGAAAAUGAAAUGCAGCUGAAAAUCCUAGAAAACACUCCACCAGGAACAAUAAUUCCUUUGGGAAAUGCUGAAGACUUGGAUGUGGGAAGAAACAGUCUCCAAAACUACACGAUCACUCCUAAUUCCCAUUUCCACGUUCUCACACGCAGUCGUAGGGAUGGAAGGAAGUACCCAGAACUAGUACUAGACAAAGCACUGGAUCGUGAGGAGCAGCCAGAGCUUAGGUUAAUGCUCACUGCGCUGGAUGGCGGGACCCCACGGAGGUCUGGGACCGUCCAGGUUCACAUCCUGGUCUUAGACAUAAACGACAACACCCCAGAAUUUACACAGUCCCUCUAUGAGGUUCAAGUUCUAGAGAACAGCCCCGUUAACUCUCUUAUUGUCACUGUUUCAGCUUCUGACUUAGAUACAGGAAAUUUGGGGACAAUAUCAUAUGCAUUUUUUCAUGUUUCUGAAGAAAUUAGAAAAACUUUUCAACUAAAUCCAAUUACUGGUGAUAUCCGACUAAUCAAAUAUUUGAAUUUUGAGGCGAUCCAUACUUACGACGUGGACAUAGAAGCCAAGGAUGGUGGAGGCCUUUCAGGAAAAUCAACAGUGAUAGUUCACGUGGUUGACGUGAACGACAACCCACCAGAACUGACCUUGUCCUCAAUUACCAGCCCUAUCCCAGAGAACUCCCCAGAGACUGUGGUGGCUGUUUUCAGUGUUUCCGACCUAGACUCUGGAGACAAUGGGAAAAUGGUGUGUUCCAUUGAGAACGAUCUCCCCUUCAUCCUGAAACCAUCUGUAGAGAAUUUUUAUACCCUAGUGUCAGAAGGAGAGCUGGACAGAGAGAUCAGAGCCGAGUACAACAUCACCAUCACCGUCACAGAUAUGGGAAUCCCCAGGCUGAAAACCGAGCACAACAUAACCGUGCUGGUGUCCGACGUCAACGACAACGCCCCCGCCUUCACCCAGACCUCCUACACCCUGUCCGUCCGCGAGAACAACAGCCCCGCCCUGCACAUCGGCAGCGUCCGCGCCACAGACAGAGACGCGGGCGCCAACGCCCAGGUCACCUACUCGCUGCUGCCGCCCCUCGACGCGCACGUGCCCCUGGCCUCCCUGGUGUCCAUCAACCCGGACAACGGCCACCUGUUCGCCCUGAGGUCCCUGGACUACGAGGCCCUGCGGGCGUUCGAGUUCCGCGUGGGCGCCGCCGACCGCGGCUCGCCCGCGCUCAGCAGCCAGGCGCUGGUGCGCGUGCUCGUGGCGGACGACAACGACAACGCGCCCUUCGUGCUGUACCCGCUGCAGAACGCCUCGGCGCCCUGCACCGAGCUGGUGCCCAGGGCGGCCGAGGCGGGUUACCUGGUGACCAAGGUGGUGGCGGUGGACGACGACUCGGGCCAGAACGCCUGGCUGUCGUACCAGCUGCUCAAGGCCACGGAGCCCGGGCUGUUCGGCGUGUGGGCGCACAACGGCGAGGUGCGCACGGCCCGGCUGUUGAGCGAGCGCGACGCGGCCAAGCACAGGCUGGUGGUGUUGGUCAAAGACAACGGCGAGCCGCCGCUCUCGGCCAGCGUCACGCUGCACGUGCUGCUGGUGGACGGCUUCUCGCAGCCCUACCUGCCGGCCCCUGAAGCGGAAGCGGCGGACGCGGCCCCGGCCGCCCUGCUCACCGUCUAUCUGGUGGUCGCCUUGGCGUCGGUGUCGUCGCUCUUCCUCUUCUCGGUGCUGGUGUUCGUCGCGGUGCGGCUGUGCAGGAGGGGCGGGCCGGCCUCGGUGAGUCGCUGCUCGGUGCCCGAGGGCCACUUUCCAGGCCACCUGGUGGACGUCAGCGGCACAGGGACCCUGUCCCAGAGCUACCAGUACGAGGUGUGUCUGACGGGAGGCUCCGGGUUCAAUGAGUCGAACGUCUUGAAGCCGAUUCUCCCUAGUGGUCUGGUUCAAGACACUGGGCAGGACUAGUGCAAAAAGGCAAUUGCAAGAAUAGCGUAGGUUUCAUUAACAGAAGAAUCAGAAAAUUGUCUGGCUACGAAUGCUUUCUUUUAAGUCAAGGCUCUUGAGUUGAUACAGUAUUUUGUUUGUAUCUUGAUUUUACUUUCUGUCUAGUUAACCCUGCAUGUUCCUUUUUCAUCUGCUUCCUACCUUUUCAAUCCAGUAUUAAUGUCUCUUUCUUUUUCUAAUAGGUGAGUAAAAAUAAAUGCAUUAUCUUUUAAUGAUGAUUUCAAAUAGGUUUAUUUAAGGUAGUCAUUUCAAAUUCUCUAUCCAAAGCAAUGUAGAGAGAGUUCUGAACCACCAAUAUUAUAAUUUACCCUAUUGAAUAUAGUCAGGUAAUAUUCUUUAUAAUACUCCUAAAGCAGCUUUGUCUGUGGUUAAUGAAGUGGAUAACUAAAAAUGUUUUAAUAUGUACCAUUUUAAGGUGUAUCAUCCUGUAGGGGCUUAGUACUCAAAUACAACUUACACAUAUAAUUCAUUUUCUGUUUUGACAUUUGCAAUUAAUAUUUCAACACUGUAUAUGCUUAUAUUGGCUAAAAAUGGACAAAAAUGUAGGUUAAUAGGUCAGAUUACUCUUAGAUUUGCCUAAAGUGUAUUUAUGAUGGAUGACUGAGAAAAAAAAUUAAACAUAGGCAUUUUGAACAACUGAUUAUGCUUUUCCGUUUGGCAUGAAAAGAUUAUUUAAUAAGCAUCUGGUGGAAUGACAAUUUGUUUUUUAACUUCUGAGAUGUAAGUAUUAUCAACCUGAGGGCCAUUUUAAAAAAAUUUCAAGAAAGUACAUGUAUAUAUGUUCUCUAAAUGCUUUAUAGCAAAAGUGGUGUCCCAUCCAAUCCUACUUUAAAAAAAUUAAUAUCUACUUGGCAUUUAUAUGGUGAUAUAUGAAGGAAAUAUUUUCUUUGCUUCCUCUCUUAGUUCCCUCUUUCAGAUUUCAACCUUAGACAUGACUUAGGAUUAUGUAUUGUACUUUGGGAUAAACACUGCCCAACCACAUCAGCAUUCUACCUCCUAUAGAGUAAUUAAAAGAAGAUUAGAAGAAUGGGAAGUUCUAAAGGGGAGAGAGCGAUAUCACUGUGAAAGUCUAAAUUAACUACAACUAAGAAUAAACUCUUGAAGCAACCAAACAUCAAUUUUUAUGUCUAAUUUGAAUGAAAUAGAAAAAAACCUUAUUUUAAAGUACAAAAUAUUUAGUCCCCAAUUAACAAAUCUGAUUAGGAAAAAAUAAAAUUUCUCCUCAUAGGCAUUUUCUCAUCCAGAGGCAUAGAACUUUCCAGAAAUUGAAUACUCAUGACUAGAAGAAAGAGAACUGAAGUUUCUCAAAGAUUUUGAAAAUUCUCAAAAGAGAAAAAGAAUGUUGUUAACUAGAUGUUAACUAGACUUAUGUCAUCAUUUGCAAUAUGCACAAAUAUCAAAUCAUUGUCACACCUGAAGCCAAUAUAGUGUUACAUGUCAAUUACAGCUCAAAAAUUUAAAACUCCUAAUGACUGUAAAAAAAAACCAAAAAAAUUUAUUACUGACAUGUCUUCAAUCACACAUAAAGUUAUAAUCAUAUUAAAAUGGUGUUAUUUUAUGUAUGAGAGUCAAAUACAUGAAUCUUUAGUAAUCAGGGGAAAGACAGUAUUUCCUUUCACUCAUUAAGUACUUUAUAGAGAUACUGAAUCUGGCUCUUUGGUCAGAUGUUUUUUUCUUCUUUUCAUACUUAGCUGAAUUCUCAUAAAGAUCAGAGAAAAGGCAAAGAAUUCUGAUCGAGACUUCUCUGUAUUUGGCUGGCUUAGUUGCAGCUCAUGUCAGAACCAGGGAAGUUUUCAACUACAGAAAAUAUGGAGGCCAGUUCUUUUUUGGCCAAUAUGGUAUAUGAUUUUGGACUCAAAUUGGAGGCACUAUAUAACCGGGGAGUUAUUUAGACCCAGACAUAAGAAGACAGAUACUUAAUAAUAUCUUAGUUGAUAGAUGCACUGAAUUCACAUAUUGUUGAGAAGUGAUCAGAGUUUCGUAAAGCCAGAAAAGAUCAUAUGGACUAAAUUUGAAGAUAGGAAAAAAUUAUACCUUACUCUUGGUUCAAAGUUGCUUUUAUUUCUUGGCUAUUGGAAACCUUUUACCCUUUUAUUUGAAGACAACUUUCAGAAACUUCUUUACCUGGAUAUUUUAUUAAGUACAUGACAGAGAGGGCACUAUAUGUAUAGUACUAAGUAUCUUUGCCACUUUUUGGAAUUCCCCCAACCGAAAGUCCAGCACUAGGUAAAAAUGAUGACUUUCUACAUUCAUAAUAAUUUCCCAGUAGUUUUUCUUUUAAAGGAUGGACAAAUUCAUUACUGUGAAUUAUUUCCAGAUUGAUCUCUUACUAAUAUUCUAAUCUAGUUUUUAAUACUGAAAGGCAAAGAGAUGAAAAUGAACUUUAAACUUUUAUGUAGAGUUGUUAAAAGACUAAACUAUAUUCAAAUAUCACUCAUUAAAACUAGUGAACUAACUUACCACACUUUUAAUAAAUCUUCCUUAAUCCUUGAAUAUGGCUUCCUUGCAAAUGGGGACUUUAAAAAAUGACAGUUUUUAAACAUAUAUUCCACUACUAUAUUUUGCUUUUUAGAGUAGAUUGUUACAUGUUUUAAAGCUGGCAACCUGUUAGGCAUAAUUCAGUUAUUUGUAUGUCUAAUCCUCAUGUUCUUAGCCAAUAGCUUGGUUGGUCAUAGAUUUUAAAAUGUAAACUAGGGACUUCCCUGUUGGUGCAGCGGUUAAGAAUCCGCCUGCCAAUGCAGGGGACACGGGUUCGAGCCCUAGUCUGAGAAGAUCCCACAUGCUGCAGAGCAACUAAGCUCGUGAACCACAACUACUGAGCCUGCACUCUAGAGCCCACAAGCCACAGCUACUGAAGUCCACGCGCCUAGAGCCCAUGCUCUGCAACAAGAGAAGCCACUUCAAUGAGAAGCCCCCGCACCGCAACGAAGAGUAGACCCCGCUCGCCGCAACUAGCAAACGCCUGUGCACAGCAACGAAGACCCAACGCAGCAAAAAAAUAAAUAAAUUUAUAUAAAAAAAUAACAUGUAAGCUAAUUUUCCUUCUCCCUCUUUUGGUAUUGAAGACUGUUGAUGAACAGUCUAUCAGUCUAGUUCUCAUUCUUUUAUCUGUAAACUUCUUUUCUCUAAGAUGUUUUCUUUAUUCUUGAUGUUCUGAUAUUUGCUAGGUCCAAACCUGAGAUUCACCCAAUAUACUGAAUUUUUUUAAAUUAACUAUAGUUUUUGGUGGGCUUUUUUCCCCCAAAAUUUCCAUUUGGCAGGUUUUCACAACAAUUUGUUCUUUUUUUUUUUUUAAACAAUUGCCAUUUCCUUCUUUUUUGUUGGAGGAAAUUAAAUAUCUUUUACUUUUAAGCUCUUUCCAUAUUGUUCCAAUCUCUGUUUCUUCUGUAUACAUCUUUUAUUUGUUUAGUCUGUUUUUCACACUGUUAGUCUUGUUAGUUGGUGAUAUUUUAUUGAGAACUCAUGUUCUGUUGGAGGUUUCCCUCAUACCAUUACUGGUUUUGGUAGUCUUGCAAAGGGAGGAAGGAGUCUCAAAGUGGUUACAGCCUCAGGCUCUACAAAUCCAAGCCUUAAUUAAGAAGCUUAGCUCAACUUUGCCACACACAAGUAGAAGUUCUGGACCAACACCUAAUGAUGUGUUUGAGCUGGGCCCCAGUCUCCCUUGGGUGGCACUGCUCUGCAUUUGCUCUAUGAAGCAAAAUCUUAGGGACUGUCACCCUUUGCUUCU